UCUCGCCAGAGGGCAUUGCGAAGGGGCAGGGAACGCUUAUCACCUCCCCUCGGUGAUGCCUUUGUUUUCCACGCUUUUCCACCGCACUUCGUGUACAUAGAGGCGCACCAAUAAGGGAGGAGUUAGAGCUUAGGGCUUACAAGCGGCAAAGGUAACAAAUGUGGACUUUCGACAUCAAGAGAGGACGAAUCAUAGAUUUCCGAUGGCAUGAAUUUUCGCCCCGAUCGUCAGCGAUGCUGUCAGCGAGAGCACACACAGGCAGAAGCAGUAGCAGCACAAGCAUCGGUGUGACGGGGCCUCGAUGUCGAAAGAUUGGCAGUUGUGUCAACGGAACUGGCGAAGGCGAACUGGUACGGUGUGUUCGAUCAGACUGAGUGAUUUUUAGUAGAUGAACUGACGGCUGUAGCUGAAGGUGCUGAUGGAUCCAAACGGAGCUGUGAAACGCAGUAGAGUUAACAAAGAUAAUUUGAUGUUGAUGUCAUAGGCUUUUUGGAAUACAAAAAAUUGUACAGUGAAAGUGUUGUUUUUUCGAAUCCUGAAUAAAGGUAACAUAAAAAAAACGUGUAUCUAACACAGAAACGUCGUUGAAUACGUUUGCAAAGAUUCACUUGGUUUGCUAUAUGCUGGAAAGGCAUGUAUGAGUGCAUUCGUCAUUGUAUCCAAGUUAUGUGUGUCAAAAGUUAAUCGGAUUGCCAUUUGAUUUCUGUGGAAUGCUUUCAGUGUGCGAUGUGUUUGUUACGAGAGCAUAUUUGAUCAUUUUAAAGGAUUUGCUUGAUUUUAAGUGAAGUGAAGUGUUUGCAGUUUAAAAUGAAUUGAAUACUUGUGUCCAAAAAAGGAGUUUAAUUAAGAAAAUACUACAGUGGAGUGAGUAAAGCUAAUUUGAUCAUCUCUAUUGUUAAAAAAGGUGAAAAUGGAAUGGAAAUAAGAUAACAAUCAAAAUUAUUUGUUCGAAUGUGUUUUAAUUGUUUUAUUAGCUUACUCAAACAAUCAUUUCGGAAUCUUCAAACAUUAAAAGUUUUUCGGAUGUUAAAAGUACUACAUCCGAUUAAACAGAGCGUUAGUUCAAGUGAAUUUGAAUGUUUCGAUUUAACAAGAAAAACGGCAAUAUGGAUAGCUCGACGGUUCUGCAGGAUAAUAAGAGUGGAUUCAGCAAGGGCUCCAUCGCCGAGUUCUACGAUAAACUUGAGAAGGACGACGGUGGUCGAGGAUUCGGCAUUGAAGAUGGUACUCAUGGAGGAUUGUCGCGCAUCGAGAAUGGAAUGUCGGGAAAAGGAGAACAUCGAGGAUCGCCGAUAUCAUGUUAUUCGCCACAGAAUCGACUGCUGCCUUGGCCACCACAACACGUGAACGAAAGCACGAGCUCUUCGGCGAGGAAGGCUCAAAAUCUUGGUCUAAUAUGUGUCGUUUGUGGAGAUACAAGCUCUGGGAAGCAUUAUGGCAUACUGGCAUGCAAUGGAUGCUCUGGAUUCUUCAAACGUAGCGUCCGUAGGAAAUUAAUCUAUCGAUGCCAGGCCGGGACAGGAAGUUGUACAGUGGACAAAGCGCACAGGAAUCAGUGUCAGGCGUGUCGAUUGAAAAAAUGCCUUACGAUGGGAAUGAACAAGGAUGCUGUGCAAAAUGAACGUCAACCACGAAAUACAGCAACAAUCCGACCAGAAGCACUACGGGAUAUGGAACAAGGACGUGCCUUGAGGGAAGCAGCCGUUGCCGUCGGAGUGUUUGGACCUCCAGUUUCACUGGCACUGCUCUCACCUUCCCGCUAUGGCCCAAGUAUCCUGCCAACGCCUGCCUUACCGACCAGUCAAUUUCUGCACCAUCACAGCCAGGUGUCCUCGCUGGUAAACAGUCUACCGCAUCAUCAUCCUCACCAUCCACACCAUGCCGCUAUGCACGGGCUAGCGAACGGACUGUCGAUGAAUCUGAACGGCGUGGGGAUGCCGGGCCAUAACGGCACGCCCGGUUUGAGUCAUUCGGGUGGAAAUGGUUCCGAUCGAGACCGGGACACCGUUGUGCUGAUGAACAGUGGCAGUGGCGACAGCAACAAUAACAAAAACGCUUCAUCCAGUUCAACGGAAAAUCUCAACACGACAUCCUCCUCUAAUCAUUCGAUGGCGGGCGAUCAGUCUCCGAGUGGGGCUGGGUCGCCGGCCCAUGGGACACCGGUAAACGGACUCGGCACUGGGGGUAGCUGUGUGACGGUAGCCACUAGUAUGGCGACUGAAAAGCAUCCUCAGCAUAGCUCAUCUUCGUGCGGUUCGGCCAGUCCUAUUCUGGAGCAGGACAACAUGAACGAUAACGACGAUGAUUCCAUUGACGUAACCAACGAUGAAGAUACGGACCAACCACAAAAUAAUAACACCAUUCCCAGCCUAAUGAAUCAUCCAUUUUAUGGACAAGGACCGAUGUUCAACUUCCAGGAAACUAUUUAUGAAACGAGUGCCCGGCUUCUAUUUAUGGCUGUAAAAUGGGCUAAAAACCUACCCAGUUUCGCUAGUCUUACGUUCCGCGAUCAGGUUAUCUUGCUUGAAGAGUCCUGGGCUGAACUGUUUCUAUUAAACGCCAUCCAGUGGUGUAUGCCCAUUGACACGACGGCCUGUACGUUAUUCUCAUUGAAUGAACAUUGCAACAGUGCAAACAAUUCUGGCUUCUUUAAACCAGGACAGUUGGCACAAGAUCUGCGGAUCCUCAAUGACACUCUGUGUCGAUUCAAAUCGGUGCUGGUAGAUCCGGCCGAAUUCGCCUGUAUGAAAGCUAUUGUGUUAUUCCGCUCGGAGGCGCGAGGGCUCAAAGAUCCGGUACAAAUUGAAAACCUGCAAGACCAAGCACAGGUGAUGCUAGCGCAGCAUUCGCGUACACAGUUUCCAGGGCAAAUUGCGCGGUUCGGGCGGCUGCUCUUGAUGUUACCUUUGUUAAGAGCAGUGAACUCACACAAAAUAGAGUCAAUCUACUUCCAGAAAACGAUCGGAAACACGCCGAUGGAAAAAGUGUUAUGUGAUAUGUACAAAAACUAAACUUUACCCAAACUUUUGCUUUUACGCUAUGGGAUGGUGCAACAGAUCUGUCGUGACUAACAUUAGGGAAACAAAUACCGGGUGAAAGUGGGAGGAGAUUAUAGGGAUUCGUACAAAGUCAGUUAGGGUUGAUGUGCAAGCAAAAUGCCUAAUUUUUCUACAAAAUUCUAUAAUUUAAAAAGAUUUCUCAGUCUCUCGCUAUGGGGCGAAAAUUGGAUAAAUUAAUGAAAUACUGAUCAUUAUGCAGUCUUUGUCAUUUUCACAUUGGCACGCUGGUUUAAAACAUAAUUUUAUGCGUUUAAUUGAAACCACUAUCUGCAUUUGAACUGCGAUUUCACGGAGUGCACGAGGAUAUAUUAAUGACACACACUUAAUGGUUUUCCAUUGGGAGUGUUUACUACCUUAAAUAGAACUGAUUAGCGAUCCGACAUCGAGAAAAACUGCAAACAAAUAAACAAACCGCUGGUUUCGCGUUUGCAUAGUGAUUAAUGUUCCAGUUCAAUUAAUUAUUUGCCUCAAGCACGUACCGCCAUGAGCAAAGUGAGAAAUGCAUUUCGUGAACAGUUCCUCGGUCCCACACCAUUAAAGCAAAAGACCACAGUAUAGAAUGAUAAUUACCCCAAACGAGAACCCUGUGCUGUAUGUUUGAAGUCCAAUCUAAGUGGCGAGGAAAAUUAAAUUU